GGGCGGGGGACGCCCAGAGGGGAUGCCUGGAAGGGAGGGUCGGCGGCGCCCGGAGGCGCUGAGGAGUCGCCAGGCUCCGAUGGCGCCCGCGCUCCGAUGACCGGCCUGGCCGAGGCGGCGCUGGAGCUGGCCGCUGUGGGUACCGCAGGCACCCUGUUUAACACUUGGGGCAUCGAGCACACCACGGUCGUCCGUGCUGCACUGCUGCUGGCGAGCAUCAACGUGCUCACCCCGCUGCUGUCCGCGACGAUCGGCAGCAGCCGCCAGGACCGCACGGUCGCCCCGGAGACGUGGCUGGGCUGCCUGGUCUCCUUCGGGGCCACGGCCUGGGCCACCGCGGGCGGCGCCAGCGGCGAGGGCGGUGGCCUGGGGCCCGGAGACCUGUCGGUGCUGGCGGCGACGCUGUGCUACGCCACCGUGAAGGUGCGGCUUGCCGACAAGGCCAGGACCUACGCCGCCGAGGCCCUGGCGCCCGCGCGCCUCUUCUUCAGCGCGCUCUGCGCCCUCGCCGUGCUCGGGCUCCGCUGCGGCCUGGGGGGCGCCGACGCGGGCGCGGAGCUGGGGCGGCUGCCCGCGGAGGCCUGGGGGCUGCUGCUUUUCUCCGCCGUGGCCCCCGGGGUGGUGGCCACCCUGCUGCAGGCCAAGGGCCAGCGAGUGGUGCCGCCGGCGCCCCCGAGGACGAAGGCGCAGGCGCAGACGAUCUACGCCGGCGUGCCGCUGUUCGCUGCGUGCUACAGCCUGGUCGUGCUCGGGGAGCCGAUCGAGGACAGGGAGGUGGUGGCGGGGGUGGCCAUCGUGGCCGCCGCCGCGCUGUCUGCGAAGACGGGCUGAGAGCGGCAGCCUGGGCGGCCCCCUGCGGGAA